UGCGCGCUCGGGCCGGUCUAUGCGGAGCGGCGGGGGCUGCCAUGGGCCGGGGGCUGCUUGGGGGCCUGUGGCCGCUGCACAUCGUCCUGUGGACACGCAUCGCCAGCACGAUCCCGCCUCACGUUCCCAAGUCGGUUAACAGUGACAUGAUGGUCACUGACGACAAUGGUGCCGUCAAGUUGCCGCAGUUGUGUAAAUUCUGUGAUGUGAGAUUGUCCACCUGUGACAGCCAGAAGUCCUGCUGGAGCAACUGCAGCAUCACGGCCAUCUGUGAGAAGCCGCAAGAGGUCUGCGUGGCUGUCUGGAGAAAGAAUGAUGAGAACAUCACACUGGAGACGGUCUGCCAUGACCCCAAGAUUGCCUACCAUGGAUUUGUCCUUGACGACGCUGCUUCUUCAGAGUGUAUUAUGAAGGAAAAAAAGGGGUCUGGAGAGACUUUCUUCAUGUGUUCCUGCAGCUCCGAAGAGUGCAACGACCACAUCAUCUUCUCCGAAGAAUACGCCACCAACAACCCCGACUUGCUGUUGGUCAUCUUCCAAGUGACAGGUGUCAGCCUCCUGCCGCCACUGGGCAUCGCCAUUGCUGUCAUUGUCACCUUCUACUGCUACCGCGUCCACCGGCAGCAGAAGCUGAGCCCGGCCUGGGACUCGGGCAAGCCGCGCAAGCUGAUGGAGUUCAGUGAGCACCUGGCCAUCAUCCUGGAGGAUGACCGCUCCGACAUCAGCUCCACCUGCGCCAACAACAUCAAUCACAACACGGAGUUGCUGCCCAUUGAGCUGGACACCCUGGUGGGCAAAGGGCGCUUCGCCGAGGUCUACAAGGCCAAGCUGAGGCAGAACACGUCUGAGCAGUUUGAGACCGUGGCCGUCAAGAUCUUCCCCUAUGAAGAAUAUGCCUCCUGGAAGACGGAGAAGGACAUCUUCUCGGACAUCAACCUCAAGCACGAGAACAUCCUGCAGUUCCUGACAGCUGAGGAGCGCAAGACGGAGCUGGGCAAGCAGUACUGGCUGAUCACCGCCUUCCACGCCAAGGGCAACCUGCAGGAGUACCUGACGCGCCACGUCAUCAGCUGGGAGGACCUGCGCAGGCUGGGCGGCUCGCUGGCCCGUGGCAUCGCACACCUACACAGCGACCACACGCUGUGCGGCCGACCCAAGAUGCCCAUCGUGCACAGGGACCUCAAGAGCUCCAACAUCCUGGUCAAGGGAGACCUCACCUGCUGCCUCUGUGACUUCGGCCUCUCCCUGCGGCUGGACCCCACUCUGUCUGUGGAUGACCUGGCCAACAGUGGGCAGGUGGGAACGGCGAGAUACAUGGCUCCAGAGGUCCUAGAGUCCAGGAUGAAUCUGGAGAAUGUCGAGUCCUUCAAGCAGACAGAUGUCUACUCCAUGGCCCUGGUGCUCUGGGAGAUGACGUCUCGCUGCAGCGCAGUGGGAGUUCUUCACAUUAUUUGAUCAAAGGCACAAAAAGAAAAAUGCAACAGUCUCAUUUUUCUCCAUCUGCACCACCAUCAGCCUUAUCCCAGGGGGAGCUCUGGAGCAUGAAUUGCACAGUAGUCAUCUCCUCUAGGGGCAAGACAGACUGUUAGAACUCCCGUGUUGACCCAGCAAUACCAUUACCGGGCAUAUACCCAGAGAAAACCAUAAUUCAGAAGGACACAUGCACCCCAAUAUUCAUUGCAGCACUAUUUACAAUAGUCAGGACAUGGAAGCAACCUAAAUGUCCAUCAACAGAGGAAUAGAUAAAGAAGAUGUGGUACCUAUAUGCAAUGGAAUACUACUCAGCCAUAAAAAAGAGUAAAAUUGGGUCAUUUGUAGAGACGUGGAUGGAUCUAGAAACUGUCAUACAGAGUGAAGUAAGUCAGAAAGAGAAAAACAAAUACCGUAUAUUAACGCAUAUAUGUGGAAUCUGAACAAAUUGGUGUAUACGAUCUUAUUUACAAAGCAGAAAUAGAGACACAGAUGUAGAGAACAAAUAUAUGGAUACCAAGGGGGAAGUGGGGGGGAUGAUUUGGGAGAUUGGGAUUGACAUAUAUCCACUACUAUGUAUAAAAUAGAUUACUAAUGAGAACCUGCUGUAUAGCACAGGGAAGUCUACUCAGUGCUCUGUGGUGACCUAAAUGGGAAGAAAAUCCAAAAAAGAGGGGGUAUAUGUAUAUGUAUAGCUGAUUCACUUUGUUGUACAGUAGAAACUAACACAACAUUGUAAAGCAAUUAUACCAAUUAAAAAAAAAAAACUCCCAUGUUACUUCGUCAUUGGCUACAGACUGCCCUCCAGGCCAGGAAGCUCCCAUCAUCCAAGGGUAAUUCUCCAUAGAAGGGAGAAAUUGUGAGCCCUUACAACUCAGCGUUUGCAGCACCUCGGGGCUGUGGUGUUCUUGGCUUGGUAAAGGGGGUCUAGGCAGGCUGCCAACCACAUCUGCCAUGGCAGCCAAAAGAGUUGGAAAUGGAGAGUCAGUGGACUGAUACAUUGUCUAAGGAGCAGUUUAUGUCAUAUGCAAAUCACAUUACAUUAUAUUAUAUUAUAUUAUAUUAUAUUAUACAAACCUCAGGGCAUGGCACUAAGAGAGCAUCAUUAUUUGAUUAGAUUGAAUUACAGGAUAGCUCUGGAGGGGGACAUGGAGGUCAUCUAGUUCAGCCCAUUCAUUUUAUAGAAAAGAAGAUUUAGGUCAGAGUAAACCCUUACUGGGAACUUAUCUCUUGCUUGAAUUCAAGCCAGCUCAUAUUUAUUGAAAGCCUACUGUGUAUAAGGCACAAUUUCAGCAGACACAAAACUCAGCCUCUGCCUUAGGCCUUAGGAGUUUACAGUCCGGUAAAAGAUAAGGGACUAGAAGAAAGAAAUAAGGUGUAUAAAUACGAUGCAAAUCGAAGUUCAGAUCUGACCCCAAGAGCAGUACAGAUUAAGUGCUAUGGGCACUUGAAGGCAAAUGCAGACACACAGAAGGAUGGUUUGUGCUUGUCUCACAGUGGUGGAGGAGGGGAGGGCUUCAUCCCAACUAAGGAAAAGGAAAAUACCCUGCCAGCUCUUCUAGUUGGGUGAGGCGGAAAAAGAUAAAUAUGUAAGUAAGGUUCUGGGAAAGGGGGAAAAUCAAAUAAACAAGAACAAGCCAUCUCUUUUCAAAAUGUCAUUUCGCCUUAAAUGCUUCUUCAAUUCUCAGCCUGGAUGGGCAAAUUAUUGAAAGUUUCACUCAUUAAACAGGGUUAUUUUGAAGUAAAGGCCAAAGGUCCUAUUUAUUUUGGAGGAAAAUGGCGAAUCCAGCCCACUCUUCCCUUUUGGCUCAGGCAUGUUUCAGUACUGGAGUGAUUUUAUUUUCUAAAUUGUCCUGUGAUGCACUGACAUGGGUAUUGUCCCACCCACUUAAAUUAACAGAUGUUCUAAUAUUCACCCAGAGUUUAUGCAUUGGCCACUUUGGACAGGAUCUAAGAGUAAUUCAUUCAUUCGCUCAACAAAGCAUUUAUUGAGAGCCUGUUGUAUGGGAGGCCCUGCCAUGGGUGCCAGGAAUACAAGCAUGAGAAAGGGGCUCUGAACCUGCCUGCAGACGCUCACCAUCUGGUCGAGUGAGACAGAUGAGCAGUGGCUGUACACCCUAAAAUAGAGCUCUGCCCCAGACGUCUAAUAAAGAAUAGCUCUGGGGAUAUUCAAGGAAGCUUCUAUAAAGAUAUCAACCCUAGAACAUGAAGGGGGAUCAAGAUGGCAGAGUAGGAAGACCCCGAGCUAACCUCCCCCCAUGAACAUGCCAAAGUACCACUACAUAUAAAGCAGAUCUCUCUGAGAAUGACCUGAAGAUUAGCAGAUCAGCUCUUCUAUAACAAAGGCUAUAAAGAAAGAACCACUCAAAGUCAGGUAGGAGGCAAGGAAAAGUGAUCUCGUCCAGACCCACACCCCUACUGCAUGACCCAGAAGAGGAGGGAGUAUCACAAGCUCCAGGAUCCUCCCUGGGAAGCAGGAGGUUCGAGCCCCAUAUUAAGCACCCCAGCCCUGGGGUCUGGCACUGGAAGUUGAGCCCCCUUGGCUGGUUGGAAAACCAGUGGGGCUUACCAGAGGACUGUAAAGAAACCAAGACCCCACUCUUGAAGAGCACACAGACAGAUUUGCUUGCUCCCUGCCCCAGAGCAGAGGCAGCACCCCAGGAAAAGACACGGUCCGUGCUCACUUCAGAUCCAGCUCUCCCACCAAAGCCACAAAGGGCACAUGCAGACUGCAUAGGGAUGCACACAAGGAUAUGCCUUCAAGAUCAGGAUAGAUAACUUUUUCACUUAAUUUAAGAGAGACAAACAGAACUAGUCAAAGUGAGAAGACGGAGGACUCUAUUUCAAAUGAAGAAACAAGAUAAACCCCUACUGAAACACAGAUAAAUAAUUUACUGGAUAUAAAGAAUUCAAAGCAAUAGUAAUAAAAAUACCUUGAUACAAAUGAAAAUAAAAACACAACUUUUCAAAAAUCUGUGGGACAUAGCAAAAGCAGUUCUAAGAGGAAAGUUUAUAGUGAUACAGGCCUACUUCAAGAAACAAAAAUCUCAAACAACCUAACUUUCUACCUAAAAGAGUUAGAAAAAGAACAAACAAAGCCCAAAGUCAGCAGAAGGAAAGAAAUAAUAAAGAUCAGAGAGGAAACAAAAUAGAGAUCAAGAAAACAAUAGAAAAGAUUAAUGAAACCAAGAACUGGCUUUUUGAAAAGAGAAACAAAAUGGAUAAACCUUUAGCCAGGUUCACCAAGAAGAAAAGAGAGAGGACCCAAAUAAACAAAAUAAGAUAUUAAGGUGGAGAAGUAACAACUGAUAUCACAGAGAUAGAAAAAAAUCGUAAGAUAAUACUAUUAACAGUUAUGCCAACAAAUUGGACUACAUGGAAUAAAUGGACAAAUUUCUAGAAACAUACAACCUACCAAGAUUAAAUCAAGAAGAAACAGAAAAUUUGAAGAGACCAAUCACUAGAAGUGAAAUUGAAUUUGUAAUUAAAAAACUCCCAGCAAACAGGGCUGGAUGUCCAGGGCUGGAUGCCUUCACAGGUGAAUUCUACCAAACAUAUAAAGAAGAGUUAAUGCCUUUAUUUCAAAAACUAUUGCAAAAAAAUUGAAGUGGAGGGAACACUUCUAAACUACGAGGUCAGAUUUACAAUUUACAAAUUCUAAGAGGUCACCAUUACCCUGACACAAAAACCAGACAAAGGCAUUAUAAAAAAAAAAAGAAAA